AUGAUGAAAAGAAAAGCCACCGGUGCACCUAAUACUCCCUCGAAAAGACAACCCCGACAAGAUCCGGUAUCUUGCGACUCCUGCCGAAAGAAAAAGCUCAAAUGCGACCGGAGCCAUCCAUGCAGUAGCUGUACAUCUCGAAGAUUAGAUUGCAAAUAUGGUAACCACGGCCCCCUGGGGAGUCCGUGUAUCAAGCCAGGAAGCUUGACGGAGAGGGUGCCAUCGAUCGACAGGGUUGAGCCGCGCCAAUCUCAGUCACCAGCAUACCAACCGGAGCCUCAAACCCGUAGAGAUGAUCCGUAUGUCACAGCAGACCGACUGGAAACUAUCGUCAUGGGCCAUCGGGUCCCAAGUGCCAUACCAGCUUCGCUCCGAGCACAAUUUUCACAGCCACAUAUCGAUUCUCAGUCGCAUCAGGAAUCGAGAAUAUUUACAUUUCUUCAUGAUAGUUGCAUGGCAUCCCAUCAGAAUCCCGCAACAGUCCCCCUUACCUCUUUUCUACCCGCUGAAACAGAAGUAAUGGGUCUUUUCAAUUACUACUGCAAUCACCUCGACUAUCAGUAUCACCUCGUCAUUCCCGAGCGCACCAAGCGGGAUAUUCACACGAUGUAUGAGAAUGUUACACAUGAUGUGCCGCUUGACCUUAGUGUCCUCGCACUUCUAUUCAGCAUAUCUGCUACGGCCAUUUUCUUCGAGGUUCUUAGCACGGGCUCGCCGGAGUGUGCUGAACGUCGAAGUAGGGAAGCAGCAUUCCUAGCGGGGGCGUCGCUAGUUCAGAGCAACUUUAUGUCCUAUCCGACCGUCGCAGGACUACAGGCAUCACUUAUCAUUGGGCACCAUCUAUCGGGUCACCUCCUACAUCCAUCUAUUGCUUCCUUCUUUGUUCAGGGUACAAUGAUCAAUCAAGCAAAAAGCCUUGGACUUCAUAUCUUGGACUCUCCCAGCUCCGAGGAGGAUCGUCGAGUGAAUGGAUUCGACGAAGGGGAUGUGGAAUUGAAACGUAGACUGUGGUGGGAUCUUGCGACCUAUGACUGGUUUCUUGGCUUUCUCAGCGGCCCACAGGAGUUCACAUACUCUAUCAAUCCUAAACAUAUGAAUGUACGAGUACCUUUAAACAUCGACGAUGAGGAUAUAGAAAGUGGUAUACCUGUCUCACUUUCUACACCCACGUGCAUGUCAUAUACUCUCGCCCGUCUGCGGCUAGCUGAAAUAUGUCGAGAAAUCGUCGACGAGACUGCUCCGGAACACUUCAAGGGCGAGGACGUGCCUUACGAAAGAAUUCUUGAUCUAGAGCGCAAACUCCAUGAUGGAUAUGCGAGACUGCCUCCUUUCUUUCGAUAUGGCCAAUCUUCACGACGUGAAUUUGCAGAUCUCUAUCAUGAGCGACCGGUAUUUUGCUGGCAAAGGACAUUCGUUCAGCAAGGGUAUCACGCACGAUUUCUAAGAUUGCAUCGUCGAUAUUUUGUGCGCGGAGCUAAGGAUCCACGAUAUUCCUACUCUCAUGUGGUAUCGCUCCAGUCAGCCAGAAAGGUGCUAGAAUUAAAGCGUAUAAUGGACGAGGAACAUCCUGUUGUCGCACCCAAUGGCUCCUUUUUCUGGGCUAUCAUGCAUCACGUGUUCAUGGCAGCUGUAACUUUGCUCAUCAAUGUGUGUUUCAACUGGGAUGAUAUUCUUGCCGAGAAGCAAAAGCAGGAGGUCCUCGAUGCCUGUCGCAUGCUCAGCCGAGCACAGCAGGUAUCUUGUAUCGCACGGGAAGGAAUCAAUGCGAUGAUGAGUACAUUGCGCAAACACUGGAAGCAGCAGAAGAGGCCUAUAUCGGGGACAAAUCCAGAGCAACUGGCCAUGACCCAACGGCCCCUCGAAGAGGAAAUGGAGGAGAGCAGAAUGGUUCCAAUCGCGCCCUCUGCUCGAACCCCUUCGCAUCUCCUUGAGAACACACUUGAUCCCGGAACUGCUGAUCUUAAUUUGGUGCCGCUUGAAGACAUUUGGAGCGAAAUGCUCGACGACAGUGCCCAUGUCGGGCUAGAUACCCCAGCAUGGAUGGAUUUGCUCAAUGAUUUGACACAUACCGGCGUUCCACAUUGA